AUGGCGGUGGCACAUGUACCACAAUUGUCACACAUGUUGGUAAGAAGAUUGCAGUCUAAGACUCUCUCCACCUGCUUUAUUCAAGCUUCUGAUAUACACACUCAACAUUAUGAUGUAAUUGUGGUUGGUGGUGGUCACGCGGGCACUGAAGCAGUGGCUGCUGCCAGCAGAAUUGGAGCAAAGACACUUCUCAUCACACAGAAAAUCCAGACUAUCGGGGCACUCUCAUGUAACCCAUCACUCGGGGGUGUCGGGAAGGGUCAUUUAGUAAGGGAAAUUGACGCUCUAGAUGGUGUGAUGGGACGGGCAGGAGAUUGGGCUGGAAUUCAUUUCUCCAUUCUCAACCGCAGUAAGGGUCCAGCAGUCUGGGGCCUCAGAGCCCAACUGGACCGUCAGCGAUAUAAAGACUUUAUACAGUCCGAGCUUUUAUCUACACCUCUAGUGACCAUCCUAGAGGGUUCUGUUCAACUUCUGUUGACUGAGGCUGAUCCAGGGAAUCCAGGAAAACAUAAAGUUUAUGGAAUAUGCCUCGCUAAUGGGGGUGGUGAAAUCCAUUCCAGCUCUGUGGUUCUGACCACUGGCACCUUCCUGUCAGGUGCUCUCUUCAUGGGCCAGAACACUACUCCAGGGGGCCGAAUGGGGGAUCCACCUUCCUGUGCGGGUCUUUCUCAUAUUUUAAAAAAACGUUUUGGGGUUAAGAUUGGCAGGCUAAGGACUGGUACUCCUCCCCGUAUUGUCAAGGAUUCAAUUGAUCUCCUCACCUCUGUUUGUUUGCCUGACUCAAGUCCCACUCCAUUCAGCUUCAUCAACAAACACACACACUGCACGCCUAAAGAGCAACUUCCAUGUUUUUUGACAUACACCACUCCUGGUGUAGAAAAGGUGGUGAAAGAGAGCAGCCAUCUCAACUCACACAUACAGCAAGACAUUAAAGGACCCAGGUACUGCCCCUCCCUUGAGUCAAAGGUGCUGCGGUUUCCAGGGCGACAGCAUCAAGUAUGGCUGGAACCAGAGGGUUUGACCUCUCUUCUCAUGUACCCUCAGGGUUUGUCUAUGACUAUGCCACUGGAGAUGCAGCUCAGACUCAUCAGGGAGAUCCCUGGGCUGCAGCAUGCCAAAAUUCAAACUCCAGGUUAUGGAGUACAAUAUGACUUUGUCUGUCCAACACAACUUUUCCCAUGGCUACAGUUAAAGAGCACUCAGGGUCUAUUCUUGGCUGGGCAAAUAAAUGGGACCACAGGCUAUGAGGAGGCAGCUGCCCAGGGCUUGUGGGCUGGGGUCAACGCAGGUCGAACAUCUCGCUCCAUGUCUCCAUUGUCCUUGUCACGCACACAAAGCUACAUCGGAGUUUUAAUUGAUGAUCUGGUUAGUCAUGGAGUAACAGAGCCAUAUCGUAUGUUCACAAGCAGAGCUGAGUUUAGAACCUCCCUCAGACCUGACAACGCUGACCUGCGACUAACUCUGAGAGGUUUUGAGGAGAUUGGUUGUGUGUCUGAACAGCGCUAUAAUGAAGCUCUUCUGGUUCAGGCAAGUUUGAAGCAGGCUCUAUCUGCUCUGCAGUCCGUCCAUCUCUCCGCUGCUCGCUGGAGGGAUAAACUGGGAGCGGUUACCAUUAGCAAGACAAAGAGUUCCAUUCUGAAUGGAGUGGAGGUCUUGCAGUUUAAAGAUGUUACUUUUCAGAUGUUAGCAUCUUCCUUCAAAGAACUAUUUUGCCCCCAUGUAGAUAUUUCAGAGAGAUUGAAAGUUGAAGCUCUGUACCAUCCACACUGUGAGAAGCAGAGAAGAGAGAUGGAGAGAAUGCAAACAGAGGAAAGUCUAUCAUUGCCACAUGACAUUGACUAUAUGGCUCUACCCAUCUCGCUUUCUCAGGAGGUCCGAGAGAUUCUGGACAGUGUGCGACCAAGCACACUGGGAGCUGCAGCCCGUCUGCCAGGAAUUACCCCAGCAGCUAUAGUUCAUCUGUUCAACUAUGUGCACAGAAACAAACACAGAAAUCAUAUGUAAAAUUGUUGGAAUUACAAAUAGAAUAAAAUUGUAUAAAACAA